AAUUAUGAGUGAUAAGCAUAUCCCAUCAUCUUCGAUGGAUAUAUCUCCAAGUAAAUCUGACGAGCCCAGGAAAAGAACAACGACCACUUUCUCCAAGAAGAAAAUCCAAAUCGCAGGUGUUGUAGCAGAAGGUGACAUGAAUGAACCGCCGAAAGCAUCUUCUGCUGAUAGUGAUGAUGAUGACUUCUAUUCUGCGCGUAGUUCGACUAUUGUGAUUUCUAGCAUUUCUAAUAACUCUGAUUUUCAUGAUAGUUUCGCCAGCGCUAAUUCUUGUCAUACAACAUUAAUGGAAUCCAAGCAGGAGAAUGAGGCCAAGAACAAAUAAUUCGUGUGGCAUGAGUGACAAUUGACAAAUAAUUUGCCGCCUUUCUUUUGUCGACGAUCCCGGAUCUAAAUAUGGCGUCUACAGAAAAUGCUGGCGUGACUACUGGCCAACCCAAUUUACACAAACAGGAUUUAUCUAAAUUGGAUGUUUCCAAGUUGACUGCUUUGUCUCCUGAAGUAAUAAGUAGGCAAGCUACCAUAAAUAUUGGCACAAUUGGUCAUGUAGCUCAUGGUAAAUCAACAGUGGUCAAAGCCAUUUCUGGGGUACAGACUGUAAGAUUCAAAAAUGAACUUGAGAGGAAUAUUACAAUCAAAUUAGGUUACGCGAACGCGAAGAUUUAUAAAUGCGACAACGCGAAAUGCCCUCGGCCAGCUUGUUUCAUCUCGGGCAGCUCGUCGAAGGACGACCACUUCCCGUGUCUACGGCCCGCCUGCUCCGGGCGCUUCCAAUUGGUCAGGCACGUCAGCUUUGUCGACUGCCCCGGGCACGACAUUCUCAUGGCCACCAUGCUGAACGGGGCGGCCGUCAUGGAUGCCGCCCUCCUACUCAUCGCAGGGAAUGAGUCUUGUCCCCAACCGCAAACUAGCGAGCAUUUGGCCGCUAUCGAAAUCAUGAAAUUGAAGCACAUCAUCAUCCUCCAGAACAAAAUCGAUCUAGUCAAGGAAGGUCAGGCCAAGGAGCAGCACGAACAGAUAGUGAAGUUCGUUCAAGGCACCGUGGCCGAAGGGGCCCCCAUCAUACCCAUUUCCGCCCAAUUGAAAUACAACAUCGAGGUGUUGUGCGAGUACAUAACCAAGAAAAUUCCGAUACCAAUGAGAGAUUUUACGUCGGAGCCUCGUUUGAUCGUGAUCAGAUCUUUCGACGUUAACAAACCGGGCUGUGAAGUGAACGACCUAAAAGGGGGCGUGGCCGGAGGGAGUAUUUUGAGAGGCGUAUUGAAAGUUGGCCAAGAAAUCGAGGUGAGGCCCGGUUUAGUGAGCAAAGACUCCGAGGGUAAGCUCACCUGUCGCCCCAUCUUCUCGCGCAUCGUGUCGCUGUAUACCGAACAGAACGAACUGCAAUUCGCGGUGCCCGGGGGCCUGAUCGGAGUGGGCACGAAAAUCGAGCCGACCCUGUGCAGGGCCGACCGGCUGGUGGGGCAGGUGUUGGGCGCGGUGGGCGCGUUGCCCAGCAUAUUCAUCGAAUUGGAGGUGAGCUACUACCUACUGAAACGCCUUCUGGGCGUGCGCACCGAGGGCGACAAAAAGGGCGCCAAAGUGCAACGGCUCACCAAGAGCGAAGUUCUACUAGUCAACAUCGGUUCGCUGAGCACCGGCGGCCGAGUGGUAGCGACAAAGGCCGAUCUGUGCAAGAUUGCGCUGACCAAUCCCGUGUGCACGGAGAUAGGGGAGAAGAUAGCGCUGAGUAGGCGAGUGGAGAAGCAUUGGCGUCUGAUUGGCUGGGGCCAGAUCCGCGGAGGGGAGACGAUCGAACCGUCGAAUAACUAAUUGGGUGGUAGGACGCGCUUGGUAAUUCUUCUUUUUUUUUUUUCGUUUGUACUAGGGAUUUUUUAUUGUAAUUAGAGCUUGACAUCUGUGAGCGUUUGGGAUUUUCUAUAAGUACAUUAUUAUUGACUGGAAAUAAAAGUUUCUUCAGCGAUUUUUUUUCUACUGU